GUGCAACCAGAUCCAGCAGCGGGUGUCAGAGUUGGUUGGGAUAUUAUGGAGUGUGAGUGUUGGAGCUGGUCAGGACAUGUCUGAGUAGAAGACCUGCAUUAUUCUUCCAACACGUAACAGCAUUAAAUCCCCGGUUUCGAAGAUGGGACAUUGCGGCAUCACGUCGUCAAAGACGGUCCUGGUCUUUCUGAACUUGAUAUUUUGGGCCGCUGCAGGCAUCCUGUGCUAUGUUGGUGCCUAUGUCUUCAUCACAUACGACGACUACGAUCACUUCUUUGAAGAUGUGUACACUCUUGUACCAGCGGUGACCAUUAUUGCAGUUGGAGCUCUCCUUUUCAUUAUUGGGCUCAUUGGAUGCUGUGCUACAGUCAGAGAGAGCUACUGUGGACUUACAACGUUUGUCGUCAUUCUGCUGCUGGUUUUCAUGACAGAAGUAGCAGUGGUGGUUCUCGGAUAUGUUUACAGAGCAAAGGUUGAAGAUGAAGUUAAUAGUUCCAUCAGGAAAGUGUAUAAUGAGUACAAUGGCACCAACAGUAAUGCCCAGAGCCGUGCCAUCGACUACGUUCAGAGACAGCUUCAGUGUUGUGGGAUCCACAACUACUCAGACUGGCAGUAUACACCCUGGUAUGAAGAAUCUAAAACAAAGAGCGUACCCGUCAGCUGUUGCAAAAAGAAUGAUCUAACCUGCACUGGGUCCCUCGCUCAUCCUGAGGAUCUCUACCAAGAAGGUUGCGAAGCACUGGUUGUGAAGAAGUUGAAGGAGAUCAUGAUGUACGUCAUCUGGACUGCACUAACAUUUGCUGCCAUCCAGAUGCUGGGGAUGUUGUGUGCAUGUGUCGUGCUAUGCCGCAGAAGCAGAGAUCCUGCCUAUGAGCUUCUUAUUACAGGGGGCACCCGCGCAUAAGGGAGUACACAUUUGUCACCGUAACACACAUUCUCAUUGGUGAGAGCAUGAAAAUAAUCUAUUACCACACUAACCUUAAAACACUAACCACACUGAAGUUAUAUAUGUUACCUGUAUUUCCAAAAAGGCUAUUGACCAAAUUAUUUAACGGUCAAUGUUAGUGAGAUGUAGAAAGCAUCCUGUUGCUCUAAAGAUGAGGGUGCAAAGUCUCAUUCUUACCAAACUCAAACCUUAUAGAGUAAAAUGUGGACAGGGUAAUUUCCUCAUAUGUUAGUUUGCACUAUGUGUAUUGCUUUCAAUAUUUUAUAUUUAAAUCUGUUGUGUACUUGAAUAAAAGAUGAUCAUUUUAUCUUGCCCCUCCACUACUACUACUGCAACUACUAUUCUACUUCCUGCUAAUAUAACCGCUCAGUUUUGGUUGAAAUCUCACCUUUCACCAGCAGUAUUCUGUCAUUAAACAGUCGACACUGCAGCCCUAACUAUGUAACUCAACUUGGCUUUUGUUUAUCUGAUCUUUCUUUUUUUGAAUGAUACCUUGUAAUCCAAUUCAAUAUGUGGGAUUUCUUUCAAGUAGUAAUACAUUCUUAACUCUAUACAGACUUUUGUCUUCUAGCUGUUUUGUUUGGUUUUGUCUCAACAGUCUACUGAUGGUACUUUUAAGAAUUUGAUUUGCUGAUAUGACUCAAGAAUGUAAAUAAAAUGUGGGAAAAGUU